GAUUUAUUACCAAUUCAGGUGUAUGAAGUGCGAUUCUUCAAAUCGAAAGCUCUGAACGAAAGAUCUUUUGAUCCGUGUGAGCUAUUCUCAUCCCAGUCACAGCUUGUCACCAUGAACCUUAAUCAGAUUGGCACACUUAAACUUGAGCUUAUUGUCACUUGGAUACCUUUGCUGUGCACAAAGACGGCUCGUUCGAUGAGUUCAUUGAAUUCUUCUCAAUUGAGUGGCAGCAUAUCGAAACCCAAAGAAAACGCUAGUGGGUCAACGUCAACCAGCGACAUGUCUUCUAACGAUAGAAGACCUCGAAUUUUGUUGCGUGAAAAGAAACGUGGAAAUGCAACGACACGGCAGAAGGAAGUGUGGCGUUCAUCAACGAAUAUUCUCGACAGUGUCUACAAUGAUAUCAGCAGAUCGAUUCCAAGCAUUGAUGCGAAUGGAAAAAGUGAAGUGAACGGUUUGAAUCCAUGGAAUCGAUCUCAAAGUAUCGCUCAGCUAGGACCAAGUUCAAGUGGUGACUCGCUGCAUUCCUCAAUACCAGCCCUAACCACACUUCCAGAGCCUUUGGCCAUGAUCGAAUCAAUGAAACCGUACCUUCCUAAACUGAUUCGUAGAUGUCCCGAACUGAACCUUUUCCAGAUGUGUCUCAAUUCAUGGCAAGCACUUCUGAAGCGUAGUCGCUCGCUUUCUUUGAUGACUGGUGGUGACCACUGUGAAUCGGUAUUGAGGAACAGCAGAAGUAGGACAGAUCCAUCGAUUAGAUCGAGUCUGUGUGCCACUGCAAGUUAUUCACCACCGUUCCAUGAUGAAUUCGACGACAGUCUGCUCAUGCAUGCGCACGAACAAAAGUAUGUUGAUUUCCAGAUGAAUUCUAUAUGCUUUCUCUUCGAAGUAUUUCGAUCGAAUGUCAUUCAAGUGAUCUGUACUGCUUGA